UGUCCCCGAGCGAGCGAGAAGCUGCCCGCCCGCCCGUCCGUCCGACCGUGGAUGACUUACUUGGCUCGCCUGCCUCCCAUUCAUUCCCCGCUAGCCAAAGCGCUUCUCCCGUCCCGAUCUGCCGAGAGCGACGCGCACCCGUGCGUUCUCUAGCCCGCCGAGCGCCGCGACGACCGAAAGAUUCGUCAGAAAACAAAAAGGCGACCGAGCCGUUAUGGCGACUGCUACCCCGAGCCGUGAAGCUGGCCGUCCGGCGGCUACAGCUGCCGCAUCCUCGACGCCCCUCUCACCCACCCGCAUCUCUCGUCUGCAGGAGAAGCAGGACCUGCAGCACCUCAACGACCGGCUGGCCGUUUAUAUCGAGCGGGUGCGCUCGCUUGAGCUGGAGAACGACCGGCUGCUGGUCAAAGUGUCCGAGAAGGAGGAGGUCACCACCAGGGAGGUUAGCGGCCUGAAGCACUUGUACGAGGCCGAGUUGGCUGACGCUCGCCGGGUUCUGGACGAGACCGCCAGGGAGCGGGCCCGCCUGCAGAUCGAUCUGGGCAAGGCUCAAGCGGACUUGGAAGAGGCCACGCGCAGUGGCAAGAAGAAGGAUGGGGACCUGGCGGCGGCCAUGUCUCGGGCGGGCGCUUUGGAGAGUCAGCUGAACCAGAGCGAGGCGGCGCUCUCCACCGCUCUCAGCCAGAACGCUGCGCUAACCUCUGACCUGCUCGAAGUCAAAGGGCUGCUGGCUAAGGCAGAGGACGCCCACGCCGUCGCCAAGCGGCAGCUGGAGGCCGAGACCUUGUCGCGCGUGGACCUGGAGAACCGCUGCCAGUCGCUCAGCGAGGAGCUGGAAUUCAGGAAGAACAUGUUUGAGGAGGAGGUUCGGGAGUCUCGGCGCAGACAAGAGCAGAGAAUCGUGGAGGUGGACUCGGGUGCCAGACAGGACUACGAGUUCAAACUGGCACAAGCUUUACAGGACCUGAGGAAGCAGCACGAUGAGCAGGUCUCGCUGUACAAGGAGGAACUGGAGCAGACCUUCCAGGCCAAGCUGGACAACGCCAAGGUGUCGUCUGCGAUGAACGACAAGGCCGUGUGCACGGCCAGGGAAGAACUUCAGGAGUCCCGAAUGAGAAUCGAGGCUCUGGGCUACCAGCUGAGCGCCCUGCAGAAACAAGCGGCGGCCGCCGAGGACCGCGUCCGCGAGCUGGAGGAGAUCCUGUCGGCGGACCGGGACAAGCACCGGCGCGCGAUGGAGGCCAAGGACCGCGAGAUGAACGACCUGCGCCAGCGCAUGAACGCGCAGCUCUCCGAGUACCAGGAGCUCCUGGAUGUCAAGCUCACGCUGGACAUGGAGAUCAACGCCUACAGGAAGCUCCUGGAGGGGGAAGAGCACAGGCUCAAGUUGUCUCCCAGCCCGUCUUCUCGCGUGACCGUCUCCCGGGUGACGGGCUCGUCCUCGUCGCGCACCUCCAAGCGGAGGAGGGCGGACCUGGACUCGGGCGACCCGCCGGGCGCGGGCCGCGGCGAGGAGCUGAUGCUGGCGACCGAGGAGGACACGGUCAGCGGCGCCGUCUCCAUCUCGCCCACCGACAUGGACGGAAACUCGGUGACCCUGGCCAACGAGACGGAGCAGGACCAGCCUUUGGGGAACUGGAGGCUGAAGAGACAAGUGGACGACGCGGACGAGGUCGUCUACAAGUUCUCGCCAAAGUUUGUUCUCAAAGCGGGACACACGGUCACUGUGUGGUCCGCAGACGCCGGCGUGGCCCACAGUCCGCCUUCUGAUCUCUUGUGGAAAAGCCAGGCCUCCUGGGGCACAGGAAGCGACAUGAUCACCACCUUGGUCAACUCCGACGGCGAGGAAGUGGCCAGACGGAGCUUCAGCAAGAAGAUGGAAGUGCAAAACGGAGAGGAAGAGGAGGAGGAAGAGGAAGAAGAGGAAGUGGUGCACAAGAGGGCCAAAAUGUCGUCCAGAGAGUGCGCCGUCAUGUGAAUCCUCGGCGGCCCGACGUGGAGCCGCUCGGCCCGCAUCCAGAGCGACACCUCCUCAUUUUUCUUAGCCAGCCGUCGCCAAACUUUAAUAGCAGCUGUGAGUUUUGGGGUUAUUUUUUUAUUAUUAUUUUUUUUUGACAACGUGUUUGGUAUGUUGUUGGCCAACAACAUUCCCACUGCCAGCGUCACCACUGGACUCAGAAACCAUUUUUUUUUUUUUUUAAAUCACCUUCUCGAAGGGCUACAAUUGCGCUGUCGUCGACGUGAAACCAUCACAAGGGUUGACACUUUUAAAUCUUUCUUUUAAUCAACCCUUGAAUUUCGUGGCCGCACCAUUCGACGCUAUCAACAUUUUAGAGCCGCUUACGGCUGAUUGAUUUUUUUUUUUUUUUCUCUCCUUUGAGCGGUUCCAAUGUAUUUUGAACACUACAAAGACAAAGACAAAAAAAAAAAUGCUCCUUUCAUUUGUAUGAAUGGGAAAUUUCAGUUAAGGUCAGGAAUUUUAGAAAGUCAAAAUUGGACAGUUUCCAUGAGGAUGAACUAGGGAUGGAGGCUCAUUUCAUGGAAAGUGAUGUCGUGCAUCAAUUUCAACAUUUCGCGUCAUCCAUGCAAAAUGGCGACGUCUCUUUGUCGUCAUGUUAACGAUGGCAUUUUCCGUUUUCCCUUUCUCCAUGAGCGGCUGCAUAUCUUAUGACUAAAAGCUUGUAACUGAGGACAAUAAAACAUGUUGGGGCCCUCGUGUAGUGCGUGAAAGGCCCAAAAUAUGAAAUCUAUUUUGACGUACCUCAGGAGGCCACCUUCAAGUUGCCAGGGUUGAAAAUUUGCAGAGCGUGAUUUGUCACUUUUUUUUUUUUUUAAUAGUUUUUUUUUUUUUUU